CAAUCUCUAGCCAAAACUGAUGAUACUCGUCAACCACCAACUCCUCAGCACUCAACCAUACAGUGCUGCAUUCUCUUCCAACUUCCAUCCUUCUCAAAGCAGUGAAUAUCAUGCUAGCGUGUUAACUUUGUCUUUUGCAGCAGAGAAAACCAAACCUCACAAGUAAUCACCAUAAAAGAAACAGGAGCAGCAAAAAGUUCAGUAAUAAUGGCAAUAAGCACACACAGCUGCUCUCUCAUGUCUUUUUCCAUUUGGUCUUCAGUAUUUGCUCCUCAGGCCUCAUUGCUAUUUUGGGCAGCCCUCAGACAUCCAUUUCUCAGUACUCUUUGAUCUUUUGUGCUUGGGGAGCUCUUGGAUCAAUGCGCACUGAGUUUGCUCAUUUUCUCUCUUUUCUUGUGAAGCCUUUGCUUGCUCCAACUAUUUGAUGCCUUUUGCAGAGAUAUCUAUGUCUGUUGAUGAGGACAGUACCUGGCUCUGUUAGUACAGUUCCUCAAUGCCCAUUUGCCUCUUUUGAGUGAUUGGACAGCUGAGAGCUAUACAAUUAGUUAACUACCUACUCAAUACUUUGAGUGGUGAAUAGCGAGUUAUAUAACUAGCUAGAGCUCUCUUUCUUGUGUUCUUUCUUCAUUUUAUUCUUAAAAAUGGCUCUCUGCUACUGCUACAUCAUCUCAGUUCUUCUCAUCUUCAGCUCAGCGCAAGUAAAAUUCUCUGCUGAAGGCAGAAGACCAGCGGCCAAGGGAGAAGGGGAAGGGAUGGUGAUGAGCUCCAUGAUUGGUUCAAGGCCGCCAAGAUGUGAGAGGAGAUGCAUCUCAUGCGGCCAUUGUGAAGCAAUUCAGGUUCCUGUAGCCCCACAGAAAGUUGAGCAUUUCUCUAAUGUGAUCAAUUCAAGAAGUGAGGAUACUUCUAAUUACAAGCCCAUGAAUUGGAAAUGCAAGUGUGGUAGUAGGAUCCUUAAUCCAUAAUGGGAGAAAGUGAGGAGAGAGUAGUGAUCAAUUUGAAUUUUGUAUAGAAAUUUAGCAGUUUUUUGCUGGCCCUUUUAGUUUGUUUUUGCUCUGUUCUUUGGAUGUGGAAAUGAAAUCAUUUCACCUUCGUCGAAUUAUGAAUUCAGGAGAAACUUUUCUCUCCCGUCAUAAUCUACAUGCUUAGUUUUCCUGGUUGCUUUAGAAUUUUUGUCAAGUUUCCAUGUCCAGCCUUUUACACAUGAACGUAGGAAGGAUCCUGUGCAACCGCAGGAGUGACACGUGAUCUCAAUCCGUAGAUGGCGAGCAUACGAUAAAGACAAUAAUCGAACAUCAACAGCGGAGACAAUCGGACAAGAUUCACCAAAACAGCAUGUGCCGGGUGAAACUUUCUUUAAUUAUUAUAUUUCUGUACGUCUUUGGGAUUGAAAAGACUGAUGAUAUAUAUGCUGGGUCUUGUCGAGUGAA